AAAAACGCUGGUGUGGACAGAGACAAAUUACCAAGACUGUUUUUGCUCAUUUUACACUGGUUUUGAUUUCAACUUUGACUUAAAUUGCUUCAGACAAGCUGUUUGCUGAUCGUCUGAACUUUGCCUGUUCCUUUUGAGUUUGAAAGUGUAAGAUCAACAAAACCUUGUUUAUUUUCCGUGAUGUAAAAGAGGAUGGAUGUCUGAAAAUGAACUGAGAUGAAGGUUAGGGGAGUAUUCGCACACAAUCAGAUAAAUAUCACAGUUCACUUGUGUUUAAGACAUUCUGAGGGAUAAUAUUGUCAGCUUUUCAGUGAACUGAUGAGGAAAAUGGCAAUCAAAUUAGUUUUGUUCUGUUUGUGUUUCUGGUGUCUAGAUGAUGUGUUUGGUCAGAAAAUUAAGUUAGUGAAACCGGGAGAUUCAGUCACUCUGAACUCUGGUCUUACUGAAAUAAUGGAUAAUGAUGUGGUUCGUUGGAGGCAUGGACCUGGAAACACUUUAAUAGCUGAAAUCAAUAAACAGACCGACAGCAUGACUGUAUAUGAUGAUGUUCUUGAUGGGAGAUUCAGAGACCGACUGAAGCUGAACAAUCAAACUGGAUCCCUGACCAUCAAAGACAACAGACAUGAACAUGUUGGAGAUUAUGAACUGGAAAGAAAAAGUUUGAGGAAGAGUUUCUUUAUUACUAUCAUUGAUGAAAUAUCAAUGAAGGAGGGAGAUUCACUCACUCUCAACUCUGGUCUUACUGAAAUAAAGGAUGACGAGAUUCAGUGGAAGUUAGUACUUGAAGACAUUUUAAUAGCUAAAAUAAAAAAACAGACCAACGGCAUAACUGUAUAUGAGGAAAUUCUUGAUGAGAGAUUCAGAGACAGACUGAAGCUGGACAAUCAAACUGGAUCCCUGACCAUCACAAACAUCACAACUGAACAUGCUGGAGUUUAUGAACUAGAUAUCAACAAUGUGAGAAAGCGUUUAUUUCUCGCUGUCUAUAAUGAAAUAUCAAUGAAGGAGGGAGAUUCACUCACUCUCAACUCUGGUCGUACUGAAAUAACAAAGGGUGAAAUGAUUGUGUGGUUGUAUAUGAAUGAAUUUAUAAUCAAUAAAUUUUUUGACAAUAUCAUUGUAAAUGAAGAUGUUCUUGAUGGGAGAUUCAGAGACAGACUGAAGCUGGACAAUCAAACUGGAUCUCUGACCAUCACAAACACCACAACUCAACAUACUGGACGUUAUAUACUAUAUACAGUUGGAUCAAAACAGUCAUUAAAAGCUUUCAGAGUUUCUGUCUAUGGUGAGUAGAGAGCAGAUUCAAAAGAACUGAACAAGAGCAAGCACAUAUUCACACAUCAGAAACCUUAAGAAUUAUGUUAUUUCUUAGAUUAUUUAUAUUUAUCCUCUGAUAUUGAUGUGUUUAAUUUUCAAAUGCUCAUAUAUGCUCAAAGUAUCAAAUGUAAGUGUUUGUCAUGGUCAAUACUGAAGAUUACCAAAGAUGCUCGCAUUCAGUAAUUUUUCAAAUUUGAUUUAAAUUGAUUUAAAAUGUUCCUCUCUUGCAGUGUUAUUAUUGUACACAUUCAGUUUGAAGGCUUUGUUUAUAUGUCUGUCAGAUUAGACGCACAGAUCUCACUUUUCUGUCCAUUUGUCAUCUGUAUUUGCUUGCCUUUAUCAAUAAAGUUUUCUCACUCU